CGACGCUACCCUUUGCGCGCUAGUCCUCACCCUCACCCCAGAUGGCAGAGACCCAGUCUGCUUCACGAUACUAUGUAGAGAAUGUUGCAGUUGCCAGCCUCACUUUCUUCCUUUGCGAUUAUCUUCAAACAUUAGAUGAAGAAGUCACGAGAAUAUGGUUCAGCAGGCUCUCCGCCGGGAAGGUCUUAUUCUUCAUAUCCCGAUACACGACAAUGAUAGAUGUACCAACUACUUUAGUCGGGUUUUUCAGUCGGGGUAUUCUCUCAGCGGCACCUUGUCGGCAUUUAGGCAGGUUUAACAAGUUUUCCACCUUUCUUGGGGUCACCGCAUCAGAAGCGAUCCUGGUCAUUUCUUUGAGUGCGCUACUUGGGUCUAGGAAGAGAUACACUAGGAUCUUGGCGGCGAUUUUCUCGCUCGCUUUAAUUGCAUGCAUUGCAUUUUUGGGAUAUUCGUUUGCUGUUGUAAAAUAUGCUGCCCCUGUUGACCAGGAAGCAGAAGGCUGUCUACAUUCUAUACCUCCACUUGAUGGCGUUCUAAUUUGCUAUUAUAUCCUCCUUGCUGGGGAAUUUCUCAUUACCGCCAUCGGUUUCUCCGUCGGACUGAGAGAGAACCUACGCUCUAAAAACUCGCUGAUACUAACGCUGUAUCGAGACGGCACAGUGUAUUACUUCAUCUUGCUAGCUCUCUCGUCCGUUAGUAUUGCAGCUGUGCACCUAAAGCCGGAUCUCUGGGGUGCCCUUGCACCGUGGCAACGGGUUCUGCAUCCCGUCCUAGCAAACCGGCUCCUCCUCAACAUGCGCACUCCGAAUUAUCAAGAAACAUAUGAUCUCUCGACAGACCUGGAAUUCGAAGGCAUGCCGACCACCCAGUCGGAACCCACAGAUACCAGUCUCGGUACAAGGUCCAACAUUGACGCCUAUAUUACCUCGUCCUAUUCGAGCUCCUUCCAACGCAGAAGCGAAAGGAGCUAG